AAAGAAACACACCCCUAUCCGUUAUUUGACGAACAGUUUACAGCGAGCAAAUAAGGCUCGUACUCUAUCAUUAUCUUCUGAUUCUUUGCCAUGGCUGCUUCUCUACUCUCCCUCUCUUCUCCCGCUUCUUCUACGACUACACCUCAUCUUCACCCACUAUCUUCUCAUUUCAAGGGCAAUGCAAGAAAUCUAAGGGCAAACCCAUGUCCAUUUCCGUCCGUAAAACUCAGCCACCAUAGAGCAAAGCAAAGACAACCACUUGUAGUGAAUUCAGCGGCUUCUGGUGUCCAAGAAUCCGCUGCAAGCAACCAGAAUGUAAGAUUCAGGCUUGAUAACUUGGGACCUCAGCCGGGGUCCCGGAAGAAAGCGAAGAGGAAGGGGAGAGGCCAUUCGGCUGGGCAAGGGGGCAGCUGUGGGUUUGGAAUGAGGGGUCAGAAAUCCAGGUCUGGGCCCGGUGUUCGGAAGGGAUUUGAAGGCGGGCAGAUGCCACUCUACCGAAGAAUUCCCAAAUUAAGAGGGAUUGCAGGAGGCAUGCACGCUGGAUUACCAAAGUAUGUCCCUGUCAACUUGAAAGAUAUAGCAGAUGCGGGGUUCGAAGAAGGAGAAGAGGUGUCACUGGAGUCCUUGAAGAAGAAAGGUCUUAUCAACCCAUCAGGAAGGGAAAGGAGACUUCCUCUAAAGAUCUUAGGCGACGGAGAAUUGGACGUGAAACUCAACUUCAAGGCCCGGGCUUUUUCAGCAGCAGCCAAAGAGAAGCUUGAAGCAGCAGGUUGUUCGUUAACCGUUCUUCCAGGGCGAAAGAAGUGGGUGAAGCCAUCAGUGGCCAAGAACCUUGCCCGUGCCGAAGAAUAUUUUGCAAAGAAAAGAGCUGCAUCUGACUCAGCUGACUCGCCUUCUGCCUGAGCCUCCACACGAGCAGAUCUCUUCACACUAUUACAGACAUGUAAAGCUAUUAAAACGAUUCGGGCAACUGUUUCCUUGUUUCACCAAAAUAUUAUUCUGUGGUAGGUUCUUUGCUUUAAAUCCAAUUAAGUAUUCUUGUUGAGUCCUGCAAAUUGGAUUGGUGGUCCAAAUGGUAGGUGUUUGCUGCCCUCCUCUUCAUAAUUCUAAACCAGCUGUUGCUCCACCAUUUUAGGUUGCUGCACAUGCAAUUUUACUAGCUUUUCUGAUGAGAAUGGGAAAUGGACAUGAAAUUUUCCUACUCUCUGUUGAUGUUGUCAGAUUGUAUUCCCGUUUUAGAAAGACCCCAAUGAACCUGAGCUCUUUUUGUAA